AUGUACGCAACUCUGAUUCGAAGGUUGUCGGCAACUUCAAGCCGGCUCGUAUCAUUGACAUUUUUCACAAAGGAGACAUGCCAACUCUGCAAAAAUGCUCAUGCUAUUCUCGAGAAGACUCUUGAUAAGGAUGGAUUCAGGAACAUUCCGGUGAAAGUAGUCGAUAUCAUGAAACCAGAAAACUCGGACGCAUUCGAUAAAUACUGCUACGAUGUUCCAGUCCUCCAUGUCGACAGACCGGGCCAACGGAAGCCCAUCAAAUUCAUGCAUUAUUUUGAUGAAUCGAAACUAGCAGAAGAGUUUGGACGUGAGUGA